AUGACAGUUUCGCAGAAUGAAAUGCGGGUGAAUGGACGAAAAAGGAUUGUUAUUGUAGGCCUGGGGAUGGUGGCCAUUUCACUCAUUGAGAAAAUAAUGAAGCAUGAUACUGAGAAACAGCAAUACGAAAUUGUAGUGAUCGGCGAAGAGCCGCACCUUGCAUACAAUCGUGUUGGGUUAUCGACAUUUUUUGAGCACCGAAAAGUCGAAGACUUAUAUCUAAACCCCCAGGAAUGGUACUCCUCGUUCCAAAACGGCUCAUUACGAUACCAUCUCGACACCCGGAUCACCGAAAUAGACCCAGUCAAGAAGCAGGUGCUGACAUCGACCAACCACUGGGUUUCCUACGAUUUGCUCGUUCUGGCAACGGGCUCGGAUGCAGUCCUACCAGAGCAUACACCUGGCUACAAUGCCAAGGGCGUUUUCGUGUACAGGACAAUCUCUGACUUGGAGCGGUUGAUUGACUUUGCAUCUCAACACAAGGGCGCAACAGGCGUUACGGUUGGUGGUGGUCUCCUAGGCCUGGAAGCAGCCAAGGCGAUGACCGAUCUACAAGACUUUGGUAGUGUCAAACUUAUAGACCGGAACAAAUAUGUUCUUGCGCGACAGCUAGACGCCGAUGCAGGGACUUUGGUCACCGAAAAGAUUCGCGAGCUUGGAUUAGAGGUCUUGCAUCAGAAGAGAGUCGCUCGGAUUGAAACAGACGACGGCAACAAUGUUACUGGUAUUACGUUUGAAGAUGGAGAGAAAUUGGAUUGCUCUUGUAUCUGCUUUGCGAUUGGAGUAAGACCACGUGACGAGCUCGCAGUCAAAGCCAGAAUUGAAUGCGCUCCACGCGGAGGUUUUGUCAUUAACGAAUACCUUCAAACAUCAGUCUCAGACAUCUAUGCCGUCGGAGAAUGCGCCAAUUGGGAAAAUCAAACCUUUGGGAUUAUCGCUCCGGGUAUCGAGAUGGCCGACGUUCUAGCAUUUAACCUUACGCACCCGGAGAAUGAGUUCAAACACUUUAACCGUCCCGAUUUGAGCACCAAGCUCAAGCUUCUCGGCGUAGACGUCGCUAGUUUUGGUGACUUUUUUGCAGACAGAGAUGGCCCGAAGUUUUUGCCCGGCCGUCGAGCUUCAACUCAAAAGGUCAUGGCAUUCGAAGCCUUAGGGAAACCUACGAAUGAUACACGCAAAGUUAAAGCGUUGACAUAUAAGGACCCAUUUGGAGCCGUUUAUAAGAAAUAUCUGUUUACUUUGGAUGGAAAGUUCCUACUGGGCGGAAUGAUGAUUGGAGACACGAAAGACUAUGCCAAGCUAAACCAGAUGGUAAAGAGUCAAAAAGAAUUAGAUGUUCCGCCCAGUCAAUUUAUUUUGGGUGCACAGAGCGACGGGGAGGAGAAUGCCGAUGAUCUUGAUGAUGAUACUCAAAUUUGUUCGUGUCAUAAUGUCACCAAAGCCGACCUAGUCGACAAUAUCAAAAAUGGCACUUGCUCAACUAUCGCAAAGGUUAAGUCUUGCACGAAGGCGGGAACUGGCUGCGGUGGAUGUAUGCCGUUGGUGCAAUCCAUCUUCAACAAGACCAUGCUCGAUAUGGGCCAAGAAGUUUCCAACCAUCUAUGUGCUCACAUUCCAUAUUCCCGAGCAGAUCUGUAUAACGUGAUCGCAAUUAGACAACUCCAGUCCUUUGACGACGUUAUGCAAGCCUGCGGCAAGAACCCCGAUUCUCUUGGCUGUGAAAUCUGCAAGCCUGCAAUCGCUUCUAUUCUUUCGAGUCUCUUCAACCCCCAUCUCAUGGAUAAGCCUGUUCACGAGCUCCAAGACACGAACGACAGGUUCCUUGCAAAUAUUCAACGCAACGGAACCUUUUCCGUCGUUCCCCGUGUUGCUGGUGGUGAGAUCACCCCCGAUAAACUCAUCGCAAUCGGACAAGUAGCAAAGAAAUACAAUCUGUAUUGCAAGAUCACGGGAGGUCAGCGAAUUGAUAUGUUCGGUGCUAAAAAGCAAGACCUUCUUGCCAUCUGGACUGAACUAGUGGAGGCGGGAAUGGAAAGCGGCCAUGCAUAUGCCAAAUCACUCCGGACAGUCAAGAGCUGUGUUGGAACUACUUGGUGCAGAUUCGGUGUUGGUGACAGCGUCGGUAUGGCUAUUCGUUUAGAAGAGCGAUACAAAAGCAUCCGAGCUCCCCAUAAAUUCAAAGGCGGUGUGUCUGGUUGUGUUAGAGAAUGUGCUGAGGCGCAAAGCAAAGAUUUCGGUCUAAUCGCGACAGAUAAAGGGUUUAACAUUUUUGUCGGCGGCAAUGGAGGUGCCAAACCGCGACACGCGGAACUUCUAGCAAAGGAUGUUCCACCAGAAGAGGUUAUCCCUAUUCUAGAUCGAUUCUGUAUUUUCUACAUCCGCACCGCCGACAGAUUGCAACGUACAGCACGUUGGAUUGAGAACCUACCUGGCGGACUCAAGUAUCUGCAAGAAGUUAUUCUUGACGACAAGCUAGGAAUUUGUUCAGAAAUGGAGCGCCAGAUGCAAAGACUCGUCGAUAGCUACUUUUGUGAAUGGAAGGAAACGAUUCAAAACCCAGAAAGGAGGAAAUACUUUGAGCAAUUCAGCAAUACCUCGGAAACAGUUGAGACUGUCGAAGUCAUCAAAGAACGUGACCAGAUCCGGCCGACGUAUUGGCCCGACAGUUCAGCAACUGAGGAUUUCAAGGGCCAUCCAUGGUCAGCAACGACCUGGCAGCCAAUUAUCAAAGCCAGUCAUUUCUCUGAUGGGAAGCCGCAAAUCUCGUCCGCAAACAUCAAACGUGGUGAUACACAGCUAAGCCUUUUCAAGAUCAAAGGCAAGUAUUAUGCCACCCAACAAAUGUGUCCACACAAACGUGCAUUUGUGCUUUCGGAUGGCUUAAUUGGCGACGACGACGCGGGCAAGUAUUGGGUUUCUUGCCCUUAUCACAAACGCAACUUUGAGCUCAACGGCGAGCAAGCUGGCCGAUGUUCCAAUGAUGAAGCAAUGAACAUUGCAACAUUCCCUGCGGAGGAGCGCGAGGAUGGCUGGGUUUAUUUGAAACUCCCUCCAAUUGACGAACUAGACUCUAUUCUCGGCACUGAGAAAUGGAAGAUCAAGAAGAGCGAGUCGGUUGAUCCGUUUGAUCAGGUAGACAAAAUCUACAAGGGUGGAAGGGCGCGGAAGAUACAGAAUCUCAAGAACCGGCUUGAACACGUCCCUGUGGGUGCGAACGGUAUCGAUUGGUGA